CGGGAGACCUCGACUAGUUGUCUGCAGGCAAAGAUGGCGGUGCGGAAGAAAGACGGCGGCCCGAAUGUAAAAUAUUUCGAGGCGUCUGACACCGUUUCUCAGUUUGAUAAUGUCCGCGUCUGGCUGGGAAAGAAUUACAAAAAGUACAUCCAGGCCGAGCCCCCUACCAACAAGUCUCUGUCCAGCCUGGUGGUCCAACUGCUCCAGUUCCAGGAGGAGGUGUUCGGUCGACAUGUCAGCAACCCUCCUCUCACCAAACUGCCGAUGAAAUGUUUCCUGGACUUCAAGUCAGGGGGGGCUCUCUGCCACAUCCUGGCAGCCGCCUACAAGUUCAAGAGUGACCAAGGAUGGCGCAGGUUUGACUUCCAGAAUCCGUCAAGGAUGGACCGAAAUGUGGAGAUGUUCAUGACGAUUGAGAAGUCCUUAGUGCAAAACAACUGCCUGAGUCGACCUGUCAUCUACCUGAGCCCUGACAUAGAACCAAAGCUUCUCGGGAAACUGAAAGACAUCAUCAAAAGACACCAGGGCUCAGUGACUGAGGACAAGGCCUCCAGCUCUCAUGUUGUUGUGCCUAUUCCUGCCAGUUUGGAGGAAGAAGAGUGGGUGCGUCCGGUAAUGAAGAGAGACAAACAAGUGCUGCUACACUGGGGAUAUUUUCCUGACAGCUAUGACACCUGGAUCCCUGCCAGUGAGAUCGAGGCUGCUGUGGAGGACCCUCCCAGCCCAGAGAAGCCCCGAAAGGUCCAUGCUAAGUGGAUCUUAGAUCUGGACCAGUAUAAUGAGUGGAUGAAUGAGGAGGACUAUGAAGUGGGAGAUGGCUGCCCUAAGAGGAAGAGGAUCUCAGCCAAGACCCUAACAGAUGAGGUGACCACGCCGGACGAGCGGAGGGACAAGAAACCUGGCAGCGCCAAGAAAAGGAAGCGCUCGCCGUCGCCCUCCCCGACCCCUCCACCUCAAGAGAGCAAGAAGAAGAAUACUAAGAAAGGGCCAACAACCCCGUACACCAAGUCUAAACGGGGCCAGAGAGAGGAGGAACAGGAGGAUCUCAGUAAGGACUUGGAUGAAGCAUCACCUAUUCCAGCAUCUGAAGAGGGAAACCCGACUAAGACAAAUAACACCAAGAAGGACUCUGAUUCAACUCCAGUCAAGGGAGGAGCUGAUAUGGAUGAGCAAGAGGAUGAGUCCAUGGAAACAACAGGCAAGCAGGAGGAGGAGGAAGGCUCUCCGAGUGUGAAGGGUGAACCAGUCAAAGGUUCAGACCUUCACGAGGACAACGUGACAGAGCAAACCCACCACAUCAUAAUACCAAGCUAUGCUGCCUGGUUUGACUACAACAGUGUUCAUGCCAUUGAGCGCAGAGCCCUGCCAGAGUUCUUCAAUGGGAAGAACAAAUCCAAAACCCCUGAGAUUUACCUGGCCUACAGGAACUUCAUGAUCGACACCUACCGACUGAACCCCCAGGAGUACUUGACCUCCACUGCCUGCCGCAGGAACCUGGCAGGAGAUGUGUGUGCGAUCAUGAGAGUCCACGCCUUCCUGGAGCAGUGGGGUCUGAUAAACUACCAGGUGGACUCUGAGAGCCGGCCCACACCCAUGGGUCCCCCACCCACCUCUCAUUUUCAUGUCCUGGCAGACACUCCAUCCAGUUUGGUGCCCCUGCAACCUAAGACGUCUCAGACCCCUGCUACCCAGCAGAUGAUAUCAUUCCCCGAUAAAGUGAAGGAUAAACCUGCAGAUUUGCAGAACUUUGGACUGUGGACUGACAUGUACAGUAAGAAGACUGCCUCUGCUAAGAGCAAGAGUUCAGCAAGCUCCAUGAGGGAAUGGACAGAGCAAGAAACACUACUACUACUUGAGGGCUUGGAGAUGUACAAAGACGACUGGAACAAAGUGUCAGAACAUGUUGGCAGUCGUACCCAGGAUGAGUGCAUCCUGCACUUCCUGCGGCUGCCCAUCGAAGACCCCUACUUGGAGGACAGCUUCUCAUCCCUGGGACCACUGGCCUACCAGCCGAUCCCUUUCAGCCAAGCAGGGAACCCUGUCAUGAGCACGGUGGCCUUCCUUGCUUCUGUAGUCGACCCACGUGUGGCUUCAGCUGCAGCCAAAUCUGCUCUGGAGGAGUUUUCUCGUAUGAAAGAGGAGGUUCCUGCAGCUCUUGUUGAAGCUCAUGUGCGGCGGGUGGAGGAGGCAGCGAGGGUCAGCGGCCGCCAGGACCCUUUGUACGGCUUGGAGGGCAGUGGCAUCGCAGGCACUGGCCUGGAGGAGGGAGAAAGACCUGGUCAAACAGAAAAAGACAGAACAAAACAAAUAUGCAAAUUAAAGGUUGUGACUCGUCUCCUCUCUUGGCCUCCAGAUGAAAGCAGUGAUGAAAGUAAGAGUGACAGCCAAUCAGGUGAAGAGAAGAGGGAGGCUAAGGACAACAAAGAUGGAGCAACUGAGGAAGAGGAGAAACAGACAGAGAAUGGGAAGAAGGAAGAGGAGAGAGGAAGAGAACCCGAGGGAGAGAGAGAGGCAGACAAAACCGAGUCCGAGAUGGGUGAUAAGGAGAAAGAGGGAAAAGAGGGAACAGAGGAAGGGCAAAGAGAAGGAGAAAGUGAGGGAGAAAGGAAGGCCAAAGUGGAACGUGACGUUGGAGAGGGAAAUCUUGCCACCGCUGCUGCGUCUGCUCUCGCUGCUGCUGCUGUCAAAGCCAAGCACCUGGCUGCAGUGGAAGAGAGGAAGAUCAAAUCUCUGGUGGCACUGCUGGUGGAGACCCAAAUGAAGAAGCUGGAAAUCAAACUGCGACACUUUGAAGAACUGGAAACCAUCAUGGACAGAGAGAGGGAGGCUUUGGAGUAUCAGCGGGUGGCGGACCGUCAGUCUUUCCACAUGGAGCAGUUGAAAUACGCUGAGAUGAGGGCCCGCCAGCAGCACUUCCAGCAAAUUCAGCACCAGCAACACAGCCAAGCCGGGGGCCCUCAUUCCAACCAGGCCGCCUCAGGUCCACAAUCCCAGGGCCUAGCUGCAAGUCAACAAGCUCCUAGCACACCAGCGCCACAGCCGGCCCCUAGCCCUGCGCCUCCAGCCUCUUCUGCCCCAGCUCCUGAGUCCCAGCCUCCUCAGGGCACUCACACCUCACCCCCCUGCCUCCCAGGCCAGGCCCCGGGUGCCCACUCCAGCUCUAGCACUACACCUGUACUCCACGAGCCCAGUGCCCCACUCCCUGGGGAAACACUCCACCCCUCAGCUCCAGUCCCUCCUCCACAGUGAGACGUCCACAAUUGCCCAAGAAUCCGAAUGACUCUGACCACUCCUGCCUGUAUCACCUGAAAUGAAGAAUUCAUAAAUCGAAGGAAGAAAACACAUGAUACAUUUUCAGCAUUUUUAAAAUUUCUAACAGGACAAUUGAUUGAAAAAAGAAAGAAAGUAACGUUUAAGUAAAACCACCUCUAUUUUAAAAUUCUGUUGAAAAAAAGGUCCCUUUCAAACUGAUUCGGCCAAUGGAGAAAAGUGAUUAUCUCACAGACUAUGUGGUCGAAUGGACCACGCCAGAGAUCUGGUCAUCUAAGAGGGUCUAACCCAUGUGCUGGCACUUCAAGGGGAAGAGAAAAGACUCAUCUGGUGUUUUCAGUGUUAUGAAAAUCAUUGCAUUUAUUUUCCUGCAACAGUUGAUCACAGCUUCAUGUCUUUAGAGUUUCCCCCUUGUACUGUUAGGUACUAACUAACAUAUAUGUAAGAAAAAAAAUGCACUUUUAAUAUGUUUCCCUAGGUCUAAUUGAAAAACUUGAAGCAUCCAUGAAAUUGAACUUUAGCACUUAUAUUGUCCUUUUGUUAUUUUUCAUACUGAAGCUUUUGGAAACUAGAUUGGGGAUGUUACUUUUACCUCUCAACUUUUUUGUUUGUGUUACAUCGACAUCAGUCACUCUACAGGGUCUGGCCUCGAAGGUCACGUUUCGAAGCAACGGUUUUCCAGAGAAAAGUCUGUAAUGAACGAAAAAUCAUCAAAUCAGAAGCCAGAAAUUACGUUAAAUUUGUUUGGAUGCAGUUUGUGAAAUGUACAGUAAACUGGAGUUUCUGUUACAGACACACCUUUUGUUGCUCUGACAGUGUGAAGUCCUGAAAAGAUUUCAUCUACCAAAUCAUGUCCCUGUUCCACAGCACUUAUAAAUGUGUCAGUGAGGAGCUUCAGUUUUGUAAAUCUGGAUGAACUCAAAGCAUCCAAGUUGUAGUUUUGUGAGGAAUGUAGUUUAGUUCAGAUAAAAUGACUGAAAAAGAAGAAGUGCUGGGAGUAAGAAUUAUAUCAGCGACCGCAAAUGUGUUUAUCCAUAAUAUGACUUUGUGUUACUUGCUAAACCAAAAUGUUUUUAUAAUCACAUUUAUCUUACAUUUAUUCAGUGAGUUUUAUUGUGGUUGCUCGGGAAAUGAAGAGCAUUUCUAGCAGCUUGUUUUUCACUGGUGCGUUUGAAGUUACAGAUGGAAGAAAUGCUGUUGAAAACAAGGGAACUCGUACCUUAAACAGCUGACAGUGGAGAAUUGUGUCCUUAAUAUCCACAACAAUAUCCUCACUUUUUAUCGUAUCGGUUUUUAUAUUUUUUGCUGUCCAUUUUUCCAUCUUCUUUUUUUUGAUAUGCCAACAUUGUAACUGUACAUUUCUACCUUUGUAGCCUGUAUUUACCCUCUCCACUGGUGUAUAUGAUUCGGACAGCUCUGUUGGAUCCAUGUGAGGUUUGACUGUGAACGUGUGUAUGUGAACGCAUGCCAUUACAAUCUGUAAACCACAUUACCGCUCAGUUUUAUUUUCAGUGCCAUUUGGUGUGUGUCACCAGGUUUGAAGGAUUUUAAAAAAAAAAAAAAAACAUGCUCUGUUCUGCACAUGUCAUGUCAGUGUCAUGAAAUGUAAUCCUGUCAGAUUGGUGAAACUUUACAGUCAGUGUCCGUCAUGCCAGUAUUGCAGUACUCACCACGGUUGUGAGCAUAAAUUGACUUAUUUUGUCUGUGUUAUUACUACAUUGUGUGGAUUUUGUGAUAAGAAACGUGUCUGUUUUUCACUACACUGAAGGUAGCAGCAAUUGCAUCGAUUAUUAUACAGUAGAAAUCCAUUUUUUUCCUCAGUAAAUCAUCACAUUAGUGCUGACAGUUACUCUGGCAGUUUGUAUUUUAAAAAAAUUGCAAAACAAAAAAGGUUCAGGUUUUAAUUACAAAAAUGUUAGGAAAAAAUAAA